UUAAUUGGAAGCAAAUCAAACGCGAAAUGGUGCAAAAUCUGUAAAUAAAAUAGAAAACCCUAUUUUUAAGUGAGAAAGUGAAACUGUAGUGCAAUUAUGUUUCUUCCCGAAACCGCCACAUACUGCAUCACCCUGCUGGUCUAUGGGGCUAUCCUCCUGCUGCUGAUUUACUAUGUCCUGACGCUGGCGGAUCUGGAGUGCGACUACCUGAAUGCCCAGGAGUGCUGCCGGCGACUGAACUUCUGGGUGAUACCCAAGUUCGGAUCCCAUGCUCUGCUGUGCGUGCUCCUGCUCCUCGGAGGCCACUGGAUAAUGUUUCUGGUCAACCUCCCGAUGGUUGUUUGGUUGUUCUACGAACUCCAUCGCCAGCGACGCGACAGCCUGGGAGUCUACGAUCCGGUGGACAUACACAGUCGCGGAUUGCUGAAAGUCCACCUGAGGAAUUGUAUGAUCUACCUGGGCUACUACUUCGUCAUGUUCUUCGUGGGCUUGUACUGCCUCAUUUCAUCGCUGAUCAAGGGGGAUCCCAUCAAGCGAUACGAGGACGACGAAAUAGUCACGGAUUUCUGAAGUUUAGCCAAAUAAGCCUGCAAAUAAAAGGCUUCCAAAGUAUUCCCUAAUCCCAGGCCAAACAACAACGACUGGUUAAAGUUUCUAAGCCGCCUGAAAGCAGGAGAGAGACCUUCACUUGACAGACAUGUUUCCUUAUAGACUUCUGCAGAAUUUGAUAGAAAUUAAUCUAAACUUCAACUUCAUCAUACCAUUAAGUGGUAUACAAAUAUGGGUAUUCCAAGAGUGCAGUUCGUUGAAAAUUUUAAAAACAAAAGACUGUAACACAAGAGUGUUUACACCGCGUUGACAGGAUACACAGAAGACCAACCUAGUCGCACUUCAUCUUCACUUUAUUUAUUUCAUCUUUAGCAAUAUAAGCGUAUUCGAAUACAAAUCACAAAAUACAUAACCAUACACAAUAA